AUGGCAUCAGGCUACGAUAGAGCUCUUUCGGUGUUCAGUCCCGAUGGCCACGUCUUCCAGGUGGAGUACGCGGGUGAAGCCGUAAAGCGAGGCACAUGUGCUGUUGGUGUUAAAGGUGCGGACAUCGUUGUGCUCGGAUGCGAAAAGAGGUCGGCCAUGAAGCUGCAAGACACGCGCAUCACCCCCUCCAAGAUCGGCCUCAUCGACACCCAUGUCUGCCUUGCGUUCGCCGGCCUCAACGCCGACGCCCGGAUCCUCGUCGAUAAGGCUCGGUUAGAAGCCCAGUCGCACCGUCUCACCGUCGAGGACCCUGUCACGAUAGAGUACAUCACCAAGUACGUCGCCGGCGUGCAACAACGCUACACCCAGAGCGGAGGUGUACGGCCGUUCGGCAUCAGCACCCUUGUUGUUGGGUUCGACAACGGUAGCAAGGUCCCAAGACUGUAUCAGACUGAGCCUUCGGGCAUCUACUCGGCAUGGAAGGCAAACGCUAUUGGAAGGUCAAGCAAGACCGUGCGUGAGUUCCUUGAGCGGAACUACAAGGAAGAUAUGGAUCGGGAGCAGACCAUUCGGCUUGCCAUCAAGUCGCUCUUGGAGGUUGUUCAGACAGGCGCAAAGAAUAUCGAGAUUGCUAUCAUGGCACCUGGAAAAUCUAUUGAAAUGCUUCCGGUGGAGGACAUUGAGGAUUAUGUCAAGAACAUUGAGCAAGAGAAGCAGGAGGAGGCAGCCAAGAAGAAGACAGGACGCACACCAGGCACGGGAAGCGCAGCUAUCUUGACCAGGGAGGCGGGCAGUUCCGAUGACCAGUAG